AACCGCAUCAGCUCGCAAAUCGAACACGUACUCGCUCGGGAUCAUAACAAAAGCGGUCCAGAAAAAAAACGUCUGUAGAAGUGAAAUUACCCCAAAAAGGUGACGAAAUCUUGAAAAGUGCAAAGUUAUUUCAAUUAGUUUUUACGGUUAGAAGUGCAAACUCUUUUUAGCUAGUGAUUUGACCGAAAAGAAAAGCCAGAAUCGCCUCAAAAUGAGCGACAUACAGACUUGGUACAAACAGGUACCGAUGUUUACUCGGCUGUGGCUUUCGGCCACGGUUGGAAUCAGUUUACUUUCCCGCUUCGGAAUCCUCCCGCCCCAGUAUUUGAUUCUACAGUCGUACCCGCUCUUCAAGCAGCUGCAGCUAUGGCGACCGAUGACUGCAGUAUUCUUCUACCCGCUGAAUCCGGCCACCGGAUUUCAUUUUAUGUUGAACUGCUUCUUCCUGUACAACUACUCGCUCCGGCUGGAGACGGAACAGUUCAAACAGAAACCUGGGGACUACUUUUACAUGCUGUUCUUCAAUUGGUUCCUCUGCGUGUUGAUUGGUCUGUUGAUUGACCUUCCGAUCUUGAUGGAUCCCAUGGUGUUAUCUGUGUUGUACGUUUGGUGCAAACUGAACAAGGACGUUAUCGUGAAUUUCUGGUUCGGCACCCGGUUUAAGGCAAUGUACUUGCCAUGGGUUCUGCUGGGAAUGAAUUUGAUUCUGUCUUCUGGAAGCAUCUUCUCCAUCGUUGGUAUCCUUGUGGGGCAUGCCUACUAUUUCUUGAAAUUCAUUUAUCCACAGGAACUGGGAGGUCCCAGCCUGAUCGAGACGCCAAUGUUCGUUAAACGCUAUUUCCCGGAUGUGUCCGGAGGAGUGCACGGUUUCGGAGUUCCGCCAGUGGGCCAACGAGUGAAUCAACAACAACAGCAAGGCAAUGGUUUCGGAUUGCGACAUGCAUGGGGCCGUGGCCAUGUCUUGGGUCGCGAUUAAAGGGUAAGUCUGGGGGCAUUCGAAUUUUGUAAAUAAAUGCCAACAAGUAGCUUUCUACCCAUCAUCAUCCAAUCGAACUAUAGAUUUAACGUAGCUUUUCUCUCGUCGGAAUGUAGGUGUUAGUUAUGUAUUUUUUAUGUGAAUCAAAGCGAUGGGGUUCAUUCUGAAUGGCAUUUGGUGUUGACAUUGGGUAUCAAGUUUAUAUAGGGUCAUUUGAUGGCACAAUGGUUGUUAAUUUUCAACUAUUUGAAUGUAGUUUAUAGUGUAGGAAAAGGACCUAAAUUUCAUCGUCGAUUGUUUUCCUUAGAGAAAAUCAGUUAUAAGCAAAUCUUAUCGCAUUUGUUCACUUUGAUUCUUAAAUGAGGAUAAUAGCCUCAUGAAUUAAAAGGAAAGAAAAAAAACAAUCGACGAUGUUAGUUAAGCCUUAUUUUCGUAUCCAUAUUGAAGAAAAAACUUGGUCAAAAUAGAACGAAAACAUUUUUUUGCUAUUUUUUUUGGUGUCAUAUGGAAUGCUCCCCUAAGCUACAAAACUAGAGUAACUCAGGAGACGAAGACAUUCUGGAUUAAUCAUCUAAAGUAAAAUCAAUGUGCAAUCCGCUGA